CGAGGUGGCGCAUUGAUCGUUUUAGGACAGCUUGACCUUCAGAAGUGGACGAUACGCUAAAUCAUUGCAGCUUCAGAAUACAUAUAAUUCAGGUCUCUAUAUGUUUAAAAUUUGUUAUAGCGAAUUGCAAUAACGUGAAGUUUUCUUUAUAGUUCUGCUGUGUUGAUAUUAGUGGGACAAAUUAUGCUAAAUAAUCUGUUACAUUCCUAUGCUUUUUCAAAUGUCUCAAAAAGAUUUUCUUUAAAAACGAUGUCUACUUUGGUGUAUCGUAACAAAAAUCCAAGGUUAGAAAACUUUUACGGAAGGCAUAUUUAUAGAAAUCUUGAACUUCUUGGUCUAGCACCGAAAACGAAAGGUUGGGAAUUUCAAGCUCCACGAAAAGACUUCUGGAAUAAAGUAGUCUUAAAUAGAGAUUCUCAUAAUACAACAGGUCUUGUUGUUCAUGUUUCUUCAAAAGUGCUAAUCUCUGCUUCAACUAAAGAAGUUAGCAUCAGAAAACAUUUAUAUAGUUGUAUUGACGUUUCAGCUGCAGAAAAUGUUGGAAGAGUGUUGGCCUUAAGAUGUCACCAAUGCGGUUUCACGGAGUUAUUUUCGGAAACAAGCGAGACAUAUAAAGAAAACGAAAGCAUUAGAGUUUUCUACGAGUCCUUGUUGAAUGGUGGUAUACAACUGAAGGAGACACCACCUAUUGAAGAGUUGGAUGCCAUUGGGAUAGAUUAUGACAGUAUGUCAGAUGAAGAAAAACGUGCUAUGUAUCCAAGCCUUAUUGAAACACUUCGUACUACACCAGACUGGGAUAACAUUCCUUAUCCUUAUUCACUUAGACCUAGAGCAGGAUCAUAUAAACUAAAAAGUCGUUAUCAAAUUCUUUCAAAAAUCCGUCAAGGUAUGGUAUGGGAUCCAUAUUACUCGAGAAUGGUGCAUCCACGAAACAAAGCUUAUUGGCAGCACGACUAUGAAGAGCUGCAAAGGAAGAAACUAGAAUCUUUGGGAGACUCAAACAAGAGUGAAGAACCAGUUAAAACAAUUGUUCCAUCUAAGUGGCAGUUAAUAUAGAACAGUUCAACUAACACAACUUAAGUUGUAUACAUAGAUUAGUGUACAUAAAAUAUGAUUUUACUGAUAC